UCAGGUGUGGACCUCCAGAAUGCCAGCCAUGAGGAUGCGGUCCAAGCCCAUCAAGGCAGCUCCCAGUCCCGUGGUCUUCAUCGUCCAGAGCCUCACUGCCACGCCGCGGCCUGUCUCGCUAACCGCGCCCAGUUACAACAAACACAAGGCAAAGAGGAGAGUCAUGCCGAACGCAGCAGUAGGAGGCGCCCCUCCCCCGAUGAGACUCCCCCCGCCCUACCGGCCCCCCCAGUCAGCUGACAGAGGAGCAGGACGAGGAGCUGGAAGAGGCCAAAGGGGGGCGUAUUGGCUGACAGUUGUCUGUUGCCGGGCGGCUAAGGGUGGGGCCAGGGAUGUAACCUAACCAAUAGAACGUCUGUACUAACAUGAGAGAGUGGGGAAAAUGCCCGCCUUGUCCUGUCUAUUUCCCCUUUUGUAGCCUGUGGCUGGUUGAAUUUCUUCUCUAAUAAAGUGUUUCUCAAUACAUUCCUGGUGCACCCCAAGGCUUUGUACUGUGUACACUUUAUUUGAAUCUAGGGCUUGGCAAUGAGUUGAAUAAGGUGUGAUAUUGCUGGGCUAGAACAAGGUGCACCACGUGGGAACUCCCGACUCCCGAGGGGAUUAAGGCUUGAACUUUCUCUACCCUUUCAGCUUGACUUUCUCCACAGUGAAGUUAAAAUACUUUCAGUAGUUUUCUGACUGGUUUUGUUGUUGUGACUGUAUGUGGCAGGGUCUACAGGAAAUCACGGAGUACAAUAAGAAAACCAUCCACAAUAGUGCCACCAUCGUGGCCCGCGAACAUGGACUGCACCCUUCUCCGUGGCCGACGUGAAUAAAACAUUGUUACAGGAAUUAAAUUCCUCUGUUUUAAUACCCAAUUAAAAUGAAACACUCUGUCAAUUCA